GAGGCGUCGCUCCGCCUCCUCCUGCUGUUCAGCCCAGGGCGGGCAGCCCAGCCGGGCUGGCGGCGGCAGCGGCGGCGGGGAGAGGAAAAUGGCGGCGCCGCUGCUGUCCCUCUCCGAGGGGGAGGGCGCCCGGGCGCGGCGGCGGGAGCAGCUGCGGGCCUGGGCGGAGGCCGAGGCAGUGGCGGCUUCCCCGGGGCCGGCCCCGCCUCCGGCCGGCUCCUCUCCGCUGCCUUCCCCGGCGGCGACGGGCUCCGCGAUGGGCUCCGGCGGCCGCCCCUGCCGCACCGUCCGCUUCGAUGCGGCCGCCGAGUUCUUGGCCUGCUGCGCGGGGGCCGAGCUGGAGGCGGCGCGGGAGAUGCUGAGCGCCGACCCGGGAGCCGUCAACGGGACCAACGCGGACGGCAUCAGCGCCCUACACCAGGCCUGCAUCGAUGAGAACAUGGAGGUGGUUGAAUUUCUGGUGAAAAAUGGAGCCGACGUGAACCAGGCUGACAACGAGGGCUGGACUCCGCUGCACGUUGCUGCUUCCUGUGGCUACAUCGAAAUUGCACAAUACCUCUUGGACCACGGUGCCAAUAUCGCCGCAGUGAACAGCGACGGGGAUGUGCCAUUGGACAUCGCCGAGGCUGACAACAUGGAGGCCUUACUGCGUUCGGAGAUUACAAAGAGAGGGGUAGACGUUGAAGUCGCCAAACGGGAGGAGGAGGAGGUGAUGCUCCGUGAUGCGCGCCAGUGGCUGAACGCCGGCAAAAUAGCUGACGAGCCCCACCCCAAAACUGGGGCCACCGCCUUGCACGUGGCAGCUGCCAAGGGCUAUGUCGAGGUUAUGAGGCUGCUCCUGCAGGCCGGCUACGACCCCAACGUGCAGGACAAGGACGGCUGGACUCCCUUGCAUGCCGCAGCCCACUGGGGAGUCGAGGAAGCUUGUCGCCUUUUGGCAGACCACUUCUGUGAUAUGGAGGCGCUCAACAACGUGGGCCAGCGUCCCUGCGACCUCGCAGACGAGGAUUCUUUGGCCCUGCUCGAGGAGCUGCAGCGUAAACAGAACGACCUUCGCAGCAAGAAGGAAGCGCACCUGCGGCAGGCUGUGAUUGACACCUGCUUGGAACAGCCCCCUUCGUACACGAGCAAGCACCGAAGGAGUUCGGUAUGUCGCAUGAGCAGCAAGGAGAAGAUCUCUGUCCAGGACCAGUCGAAGGAGCGCAAGACUUUGGGCACCAUCACCGUCGGCGAGGACGAGACCAGCUCAGCCUCGGACGGAGAGGAGGCUCCCAAUUCCAGCGAGGCAAAGACCAGCCCCCCGACAGACAGCAGUGCGGUGAAUGGCGUCUCUCUGGCCACCGUCACCCCCAUCCCUCCCAGCCCUGCUACGCAGAAGUUUUCUGGAGGCUGCAGCCGCACAAUGGAACCGGAGGACUCACAAGCCCCCGCGGUCUGGAGGCAGAGUCUGCGCAAGACCAGCAGCUUUGGGGUGCUGCAGGACGCCCGGCUGGAGGAAGGGGCGGGCAAGGAGGGCGGCGGCAUCAAGCGGUCGGCAUCCAGCCCUCGGCUGGACACCGAAGAAAAGCAAGACAUCCGGGAGCUCUUGCAGAAGUGGAACAAGAAUCCCAUUGGCACAGGGUUAGCCAAUAGGAGCACAGCUUCUGAGCCGGCCGGUGACCCGAGCAAAGAACCACGUCUGGCCCGGGUGACGCCAACUCCCACCCGGAGGAUAUUUGCCCUCCCGGACACGGAGCCUCACCGGGACCCGCGGCGAGCAAACUUAGAAGGUGGCCUUCAGAUGAAGAUAGAUACGGCCCUUGCCCCUCACCUGCCCCCCAAUUCCACUGCCAUCGGCUCUAGCACGGAUCCCCGGGACCGCCGAAGGUCCUACCAGACGCCCGUGCGGGAUGAAGAGUCGGAAUCCCAGCGGAAGGCCCGCUCCAGGCUCAUGAGGCAGUCCAGGCGAUCUACGCAGGGUGUUACUCUCACCGAUCUGAAGGAGGCCGAGAAGACCAUGGGCCGGGCCGGGGACUCCAAAGCGGCCGCGGAGCAGAGAAGCAACGAGGACGAGAAGCUUGAAAGAGAUGGAGAGCAGCAGCCACAAGAGGCUACGGUAGAGGAUGCUUCGAGGAGAUUUCGGCAUCCCAGUUCAGACAGCUCUUCGGUUUAUACUGUGAAUCCGUUGGUGGUGAAUUUGCAACCCAGAAAAGGCUCAGAACCCGAUGAGACAAGCUUGGAGAUGGAUUCGGAUCUCCGGAACCGGUUGGCCCUCCGGGAUCGCAGGAAAGGCCGGCGGGACAGACACGGCAGUGGGCUGGGGGGCAACUCUGAGGGUGAGGAUGAAGAAGACGUUGAGCAAGUCAACAAUGAAGAUCCAUCAGGACAUGGCAGUGAACACAUGAACAGUGUCCUGCCCAACCGGACGGCUCCCUGCCAGAGACGAAACAGCCUAUCGGGAUGCAGAGAGGAGCCCGAUAACUAUUACACAAAACUGUAUGAAGAUCUUGUGAUUGAGAACGAAAAACUGAAGGAGCAGCUGCAAGAGGCUCAGCUGCAAUUGACCCAAGUCAAGCUGGAGCUGGAAAGAGCGACUCAGAGGCAGGAGCGUUUUGCCGAGCGGCCUGCUCUCCUGGAGCUGGAGAGAUUCGAACGCCGAGCUUUGGAGAGGAAAGCCGCCGAGCUGGAGGAAGAGUUGAAGGCUCUUUCAGAUUUGAAGGCGGACAACCAGCGUCUCAAGGACGAAAACGCCGCUCUCAUCCGUGUCAUCAGCAAGCUCUCCAAGUGACCGCCGCUGCAGCCCCCAGAUGCCACCACAAAGCCAGGGCCUUACCCCUCCCACCCCCCAAUCCCGCCCACCCUCCUGUCAACCAGAUCUUCAGCAGGGGCAGGAAAGACGUGCAAAGGACCACGGGGCGGCCAGUUCCCUCGCCAAAACCCAGACACUCCAAAGGCGGACUCCCGCAACCCCCAGCCAAUCAGACGUCUGUUCUUUCCCACGCAGGGCCAAGCUUGUCAACAGAGGUGAUGCCUCAACCUCCCCGCUCUCCCCCCGCCCUUUCCUUUUCUCCUCCUUUCUUUCUUUUUCCUUCCCAGAGACAGUAUUUAUUUUAUGGCUUCCUUAAAGUGACAUUCCUGACUUGUUUUUUUUUAUUAUUAUUAUGUUAACACACGAGGGGAGUGGCGUUACAGGAGCCAGUAUUUCUGGGUGCUCAGAUGAGUAGGCCAGGACGCAGCGCAUUUUUUUUUCCUAACUGUAAGGGAGGAGAGACCAAUUAUUUUAAGAUUCAGAAACAAAGUUCAGACUUGAUCAUGGGGAGAGAAGGGGGAAAUCGUUUCCCUUUUGUUUAUUUUUUUAAAAGAAAGAAGGACCCUCAGAGAUUCAUGCCGCUUAAAGCGUCACCCUCUAGGGGUGGUGUCAGGCUCAGCCGCCUAAGGGUAGAAGCGUCCCCACCCUUGGCUGAGGGCCUCUCCCCCUCCUCAACAAACAGUACUUUAAUCAUCAGCCUCUGCUGCAUUCUCACAGUAUAUGGUGGGAGGUGGCCCCUGGAAGCCGGGUUUUAUGGUGCUUGUGUUGGCAGCCAUCCCGAGAAUUUAAAAAAACGGAGCAGUCGGUUCAGAACUGGUCAGGCGGCGGUAGCCCAGGAGGGGUGGGAGGUGUCAGCCUGACAGGGCGUGUGAUGCCCCGGGGUUGUUUGGGGGCUCGAUUGUAAGUGACGCCGUGGGACCGGAACGACCCUUGAAUGUAAAACCGGUUUGCCGCGGUUGCCCGCCAGCAGUCGUGGGGAGUAGAAUGUCGUCUCUGAAGGUCUGCGAAGAGGGGUGAUCCUUUAAGGGCCAAGACGCGAUUGGCUGCGGAGAGAGGAUCGAAGUGCCGUAGCGGGAGAAGGGGCACUGAAAGCGUGUGGCUGAAAUGGCUCCGCCGCUCCGGAAGGGGGAAGGGGAGGGGAACUUCCGCUCCUGUUUGCACUCCGCACAAAAAUCUUGAUAUUUGGAGAGCAGUCCUUGACCCUUUUCAAUCCCGGCAGGUUCUAAGCUUAGACCUGCCCCAAGGUCUCUCCUCUCUCUCUCUCUCUCUCUCUCUCUCUCUCUCUCUCUCUCUCUCUCUCUCUCUCUCUCUUUGCCGGAAAUGGAAAACCAGGGAGUGCGUUUUCCACGCCUCCCACUCUGCUCCUGGACAGAGCCUAAUAUCCAUCAUCGGCGUGGAUUUUGCUGGAACUUAUUUCCCGAGGGCAGAGAGGGGCUUGCUAGAGGUUGCAUGCCAAUUCCCCCCAGCCAGUGCUGCCUCUCCACUCGACUUCCACUGCUCCUCUUCCGCCGCCCGGAGCUGCUUCUUGACCGCUCCUGCCCCUCCCCCCCCCCGGACCCCUACACGUUCCUUGAGGACUUGUGGGCUUCUAGCUUUCCUCGCGCUCCUCUUACAUUCCUUUCCCUGCACGCACACAAUCAGAUAUUUUUCAGUUGUUUUAAACCUGAGGGCUAGAAGUAUUUCCAAGUGAAACUGAGGGCUACAAGUAAUUCCAAGAGAAACGGGUCCAAAGUUACUACCCUGAAAAAUCCCGUGUGUGUAAUUUUCUUACCUGCGCUAUCAUGAGCCAAGAUUUCCUCUGCCAAAAAAGAAAAAAUAAGUUACUCCUCCCUGUUUCUGUCAUGUCGUCCUCCAUGCCUCCCCC